UCCAUAUCAUCCACAUCUUCUUUCCCUACUCUGAAAUCCCACCACAUUUUCCAAUCCUUCACAACAGUGAAACUGGAAACACUGAAAACACUUUCACUUUUUUAAUUUUCCCUCAAACAAAACAAAACACAUAUCAAUAUGCUUCUCUACUCUCCACUCUAAAACCAAACACAAAACACAAAAAAAAAACACACCAAUGGCUCUCCCUCAGCUCAUUCCCUCACACAAACCCACUUUAAACCCUAACAACAAAAACAGCAACAUUCUCUCCCCCUUAAACCCCUUACAAUUCCUCUCUCCCAAACCCAGUUCCCUCCAUACUUUCCGCCGCGGAAAACCCACUUCCCUCCGCUGCUCCGCCUCCUCCUUCUCCGAAAAGCACCACACGAACCCGCCGAAGUCCAACGACGUCGUCGAGCUCCCACUCUUCCCUCUCCCCUUAGUCCUCUUCCCCGGCGCUAUCCUCCCCUUACAGAUCUUCGAGUUCCGGUACCGCAUCAUGAUGCACACUCUCCUCCAGACCGAUCUCCGCUUCGGCGUCAUUUUCUCCGACGCCGUCACCGGCGCCGCCGAAGUCGGCUGCGUCGGCGAGGUAGUCAAACACGAGCGACUCGUCGACGACCGGUUCUUCCUAAUCUGCAAAGGCCAAGAACGGUUCCGAGUCACCAACUUGGUCCGCACCAAACCCUACCUCGUCGCCGAGGUGACGUGGCUGGAGGACCGGCCGUCCGGCGACGGAGAGGAGGAUUUGGAGUCGCUGGCGAGCGAGGUCGAGACGUAUAUGAAGGACGUGAUUCGGCUUUCGAACCGGCUCGGCGGGAAGCCGGAGAAGGAGGUCCAGGACUUGAGGAGGAACCUAUUUCCGACGCCGUUUUCGUUCUUUGUGGGUAGUACUUUUGAAGGCGCGCCGAGAGAGCAGCAAGCUUUGCUUGAGCUCGAAGACACGGCGGCGAGGCUUAAGAGAGAGAAAGAGACUUUGAGGAACACGCUCAAUUAUUUGACGGCUGCUUCGGCUGUUAAGGAUGUGUUUCCGUCCUCGUAAAACGAACGAAAGAAGAGGAUUGCGUGUGCAGAACAUGAUUUAAAGCCAGUAGCUAGAUUGGGUUGAAGGUUGGAUGAGAAGGAUGAUAUAUGUUCCUUCCAACAGCUCAGAUUGGAGAAUCUUGAUGAUUAGCUGGUUUUUGGGCAAUCAAAAUGUCCCCAAGUUUAUUUUUUGAAGGUUCCCUACAGUGUGUUGUCCAUGGAAAGGAUUAUGACAAUGACGAGAAUUUCAUCUUUUUCAUUGUUUACAUUUGGUUAGUUAUUCCUUGAAGCUGCUAAUUAUCAUAAAUUUGAUUUUAAUAGUUCCUUGCAUGGGUUUGAUUGCGUUUUUCCUGGAAUUUGGUAAUUCAUUUGUAUGCUGUGCCUAUGCUUGAUGGUGAAAAUCCACUGUUAAUGCUAGCAUUGAGCAGGUCCUAGAAACAAAACUAGAAUAAGCAUUGCCCUCAUGAGCAUCUGUAGAUGCAACAUAAAAUUUAAACAUCUCUUCUUAUUAGUCUCUUCUUUCUUUUUGAGAAUACACUUAUGAAAGCAAACUAGAAUAAGCUUCACUCUUUAUCUCGAAGCAAAGCAG